AUGAAGACGAGUUUGGUUCAUACAUUAUAAUCUUAAAAUGGCGACUUCAGUGGAGCGAUGGAUGUGUGAUGAACUAUCAAAGCUUGGUUUGCCGGCUUCAGAGGAUAAUGCCAAGUAUAUAUUGAGUAUUGGGGAUGCGACAGAGAUUCAGGCGUACAUGCUGGAACUGUUAGAUGGAUCUGAUCCCCGGGUCACGACCUUCAUCAGUCAAUUAAUACAGAAAUGGAAACCUCAGGAAAAACAGCCAGACAACAUCACAGUUUAUCGUAAAUCUGAUCAGGAGGAGGUGUAUAUCAGUGGAAAAAAAUCAAACAAGUCCUCAAAGAGCAGUCAGUCAACAGGAAAACAGAACGAACCUGCCAAGGCAGAACAGCCACAGCAGGAGACAAAGAAGACAAAGUUUAUUCCACUGUUCAGUCAGGAAGGACAAGCUAAGUCUGUGAUAAAACUAGCAGGACGUCACCCAUGUGAAUGUCAAGCCACAAAACAUAAGCUUAUCUCCAACUGUGUCCAUUGUGGGCGAAUUGUUUGUGAGCAGGAAGGGUCUGGUCCAUGUUUAUUCUGCGGCAAGCUGGUUUGUACAAAAGAAGAACAGGAAGUGUUGGCUCGUGGAUCUAAGAAGAGCGAGCAGUUACGAGAGAGACUGAUGAAAGACAAGAGCAGGGAUGACUAUGAAAAAGCCAUACAACACAAAAACAAAUUACUGGAGUUUGACAAAACAAGUGUCAGAAGAACACAAGUUAUAGACGAUGAGUCGGACUAUUUCUCGACGGACAAUCGCUGGUUGAGUAAUGCAGAGAGGUCAAAAUUAAAGAAGAGAGAGGAAGAAUUAAGGGCCCAGCGACAUGCAUCACGGAAGGACAGGAAAGUGACGCUAGACUUCGCAGGCCGUCGCGUGAUAGAGGAGAACGAUUCAGCUGGAAUGAAUAUGUAUGACGUCAAUGAUGAUGUCAUCCAGGAAAUCCACUUUGGUGUGAAAAAGAAAGUUCCUCCGCCAUCGCAAGAAGAUCUUCCCGACCUAGUUAAUCCCACCAUUAAUGUGCCAUGUCCUAAGUUUAUACCAACCGGUUCAGAGGACCAUACUGUAGAGAGACCCCACAGAAAGGAGGGGGAUUUAAGGAGGGAGGGGCUCAGACUGCAGGACAGGGAGUUACAGGAGAUGUCCGACGAGGGCGUGUGUCUGAGCAUGCACCAACCCUGGGCCUCACUGCUGGUCAAGGGCAUCAAAUGUCAUGAGGGUAGAACGUGGUACACGGCCCACCGUGGUAGACUGUGGAUAGCAGCCACCGCCAAGGCUCCAUCACCGCAGGAAGUGGCUGAUGUGGAGCAGACCUACAGAUACCUGUAUAAAGAUCCCAAUCUCCAGUGUCCCACACACUACCCAGUGGGUUGUUUAUUAGGAUGUGUGGAUUUAAUGGACUGUCUACCACAAGAUCAAUACAGGGAAAAGUUUCCAGAUGGUGAAUCAGUAUCUCCUUUUGUGUUCAUUUGUGAAAACCCUCAAGAACUGGUUGUGAAAUUCCCCAUCAAAGGAAAGCAUAAGAUAUACAAGCUUGAGAACCAUAUAUUACAAGCUGCUAAAAAGGGAUUGAGGUGAAAAUGGUGGGAUUUUAGAUGGAUUUCUCUUUAAUAUGUUUGAUUUAACAUGGGAUAUAAUCAAUGUUAUUUUAUUUUUAUGCAUGAACAGCCCAGGUUUAAAAAAAGUCAUCUUCAAUGAUUGUGCAAUGCUUAAAACCAAAUGUUCAAAUAUGUAUCGAGAUCUAUCAUUUCUACAUCUGCCAAUACUUGUUAUGUGUAGGGAAUACAAAAUAAUGCUUGUUUUGUUUAUAAUGUUAUUUAAUAAGAAGAUGUUAUGAAAUGUUCUCUGAAUUAUGUUUCAAGAGAAAAAUAA